CGCUGUGUGCUUGGGGGAGAUUGAUUUUUGUAGUCACAUGGUUGCAGUGAAAUGAAUAAUGUUUCAUCGGUGAGGUUGGUUGGGGUUGGAGGUUUGCUGGACUUUAUUGGGUGGUGUUUUGUCGUUACUUGCUGAGUGGUAGGAAUAUAUCGAGAAAGAAUUUCCAGGGCUUAUAUAGUAUUUCCGGCCUUUCAUUCUUUUCAGUUACGUAGCGUCCAUUAUAUUCUCUGCCACAGCUAUGCAAUUAGCUCGAUUUCGACAACUCGAUCACUAUUUGCAUCAUUGUUGCCCACAUCAACGCUCGAGGGGUGCCGCCGUGAUUCACAAUCACUCCUCAACGAUACCUAUAUAAGCAAUCAAACCUUCACCGCAGUCAUUCUGAUUCUCUUCCUUCAACCUUCUAUUUGCUUCUAUCCAAGCGUCCCGGCCCAAAUACCAGUCAUCACUUCUUUUCUUUGUCAUCAUUCAUUGUGCCUAUCCAUCAUGGAUGACAAUAACUCUCAGCCACCGGAUGAGCCUACCCUCAGCCCAACUCUAGCAUCAUCAAGUAUUGAAGACAUUCCGAUUCUUGAUCUCCAGGUUAAGCUAGAGCCGGAUCAGGGUAGCGAUGGUACUAAACCAUGCGACGACAAAGAGACAGAGGUCACUGAAGCUCAGCCAAAGGAGGACAUUCUCUCGGAAUCUAUUCCAGAUGGAUUCCAUCUGCCACACGGCAACGAAACACCUCUGGACCAUGAACAAGGACCAUUUGACGACAUUGCGACUGAGUAUGGGGAUACUUCAGGCUCCGAACCAGAUUUUACAUCGAGUUCAGAAUUUGAUUUCGGAUCGGAUGAUGAAGAUGAAGAAACAACAGACGGUUUGAUCCGCCAUGUCACAGCUCGUCGAGACGAGCCGUUCGAGUACGUCUAUCGCUUUCCUCCUCUGAAGCCCCUGGAAUCGAUCGAAAGUCCCGAACUCAUCGCCAUGGAACCUGCUGGCUUGCCUCUAACACCAUCUCCCACUACGGAUGUCCUCUUUCAAAAUGACUAUUUCAUCGUGAAGCGAUCCCUCAUUGCGGGAUGGGGCGCCUUUGCAGUCAAAGACCUCGAGUUCGGAGACAAAAUUCUCGUCGAAAGAGCACUAUUCACUGCUGACAACAACACGCUUUACAAGGAAUUCGACAAACUGGACCAGGCUUCGCAGGACAUUGUGCUUGGCCUUCACGCUAAUAGCUAUUGUAAAUUCCAGAGCAUCAAGGCUGUCUGGACUACAAACUGCUUUUCAACAGGUGUAUGGGACGAAGCGGGCCUUUUCCCUAUUGCGUCCCGCUUCAAUCACACAUGUCAUCCGCGACAGACCGUCGUAUACCACUACAACAAGGCUGAGGAGGUACUUGAGAUGAAAGUCAAGACGGAUGUUAUCAAGGAAGGUGAAGAAUUGACCAUCUCGUAUGGUUGCGGGCUGACCCCCGCCGACUUGUUCUAUCGCUAUGGGUUCAGAUGUCGCUGUGGAGGAUGCUCUGGCUGGACCGAAGAGGACGAGAGGGGUAUGUGGUGAUCAAAGAGUGAACACAUGGCGAGUGGGACAUUGCUUUGCUUUGCUUUGCUUGGUUUGGUAGUGCUGAGGUGCUUCGGUUCCGGAAUUCGAGACAGGAUUGACGCUUCUGGCCCAUGUUUGAUGUUGGAUUUGCAUUGCCCUGGAUAUAGGGUCAUUCUCUGGUCCUUGGGAGAUGGGAGCGGCGUUGGGCGAAGAAGAGCAACCACUCUAGGUAUAGGCGUCUAAACAAUAGAAGAGAUGAAAUGCCUCACCCUGAAUUUUGAUUUCGU